UUUCUUCUUUCUUUCUUUACCUCUCUCUUUCCUUCUCUCUUUCUCUUUCUCCUUGCUCUCUUUCACUCACCACUCUUGUCUCUUUCCUUCUUUUCCACUUUACAUUGAUUCAUCAAAGUAACCUCGUCUGCAGUCUACAAUUCCAAUUCCAAUUCCAAUUCCAUUUCUUUCUUUUUGCUUCUAUUUCUCUCCCCUGUCAAGGCUGGUUCACCUUUUCGAAGAAGCAAUUCCUUAUAUAAUUGAUCAGAACAGGAUCAUUCGGUCCUACUCUAAACACAUUCUGUUCACCAUUACUCUUCUCCAUCCACCAAAACCAUGCUGAUGAGCACAACUUCAUUUCUUACUUCUCACAUUCGUUCUUCUAUUGCUGCGACUGUGCACUCUACCAAUUCUAUUCUCACCUCCCUCAAAACCAGUCUCGGUCUUAGUCUUGCUGCCCCAAAGGAAUCCUCAAAGGAACAAAGAAAAGAUGGCUCUGUCUACUACAGUAAAGAGGCCGUUGACAAGACCCAGGUUGCAUUCCCCCACAAUCAAUAUCCUUCUCUGCAACCCUGGAAGACCCUUGACCGCAGACUAAAGAAUUAUGGCUACGCCAUUCCUGCACCCGUUGUGAGCCACUAUACAGCGCCUCGUCAUACUAUCGUGUUAUGUCAUGGCCUCUUUGGGUUUGACAAAAUGGGGCCAGAAGCGUUGCCACAGCUGCAAAUCCAUUACUGGAAGGGCAUUCAAAAGGCUCUUACCAAGCUUGGUGCUAAUGUUGUCGUUGCCAGAGUGCCAAGGACUGGUUCAAUCAAAGAGCGUGCAGAGGAUCUUCACAAGUUCCUUUCCACAAACAUGGAAGGCAUGCCCAUUAACUUUGUUGCCCAUUCGAUGGGUGGGCUCGAUUGUCGUUAUUUGAUCAGUCAUAUUCACAACAAGAACUAUACGGUCCAGUCCCUGACCACACUAUCAACACCCCACAGAGGUUCACCCGUGAUGGACUGGUUCAGGGAUAACGUUGGGGUCGGGCUCUUGCUUCAAUCUGAAGAAGAAGCCAUGCGUAAGCUUGGGGAGGCAGCAAAGAUAUCAAAGGAAGCAGCUCAGCAGGCGGCCCAGGAGGUUUCAGAGGCUCUGCAUUCAUAUCUGGAGGAUGCCGCAGGACGGGUCUUGUCAUCUGGAGACCGAGCAGUCCCUCGUGUCAAUUUUAUCAGUCCCUUGUUGAACCGCUUGAUCCCAUUCUUGGAUACACCAGCAUAUGCCAACUUGACGACAACCUAUUGUAACGAGGUCUUCAACCCUAAUACGCCUGAUGAUCCCCGUGUCUCCUAUUUCUCUUAUGGCGCCGCUGUUCCUCAGAUCCCGUUAUGGCAACCCCUGGGGUUUCCUUGGGAAGUGAUCAAGGCUAAAGAAGGAGAAAACGAUGGCUUGGUCUCGCUCAAGAGUGCAAAAUGGGGGCAAUAUGUGGAAACUGUCGAGGCCGAUCACUGGGACCUUAACAAUCGCUGGCGAUUGAAGAUUGGAUAUAACCACAAAUCUUUUGACGCAGUCGACCUCUAUAUGACUUUAGCGAAUCGUUUGUACACCUAUGGUUUUUAAUCCAAG